AUGGCCAGGACACACGAGCGAUCUCCUUCCCCAGAGCACGGUGACGCACUCAUCAAAAGGCUCAAGACCACCCAUGUCUCGCAGAUUGCGACCGGGGACUCCGACCCCACUGGAUGCUUCGCAAACGGCGUCCUGGACCACACUAAUGUCCAGCGGCUUCAUAAGGAAUACUCUGCCAGCGAACCUUUCAAGCAUGCUCUCGUAGAAAAACUUUUCCAGGACGACCUGCUGAAGAAGGUGAAGGAUGAGUGUUUGAGUGAACUCAGCUUUACGGAGAAGGAAACGGAUAUAUACAAGGUUAAUCAAACUGGAGAUCUGGCGUCCCUCAAUUAUCUGUCGGCGGAACAGAUAUCCCUCUUGCCCAAUCUCCUUGAGCUCCGAGAUGCUCUAUACUCCCCGACCUUCCGUGCUUUUCUCCGCACCGUCACGGGGUGUGGGCCGCUCUCGGGAACGAAACAGGACAUGUCUGUAAAUUCGUAUACCAAGGGUUGCCACCUGUUGAACCAUGAUGAUGUUAUUGGCACGCGUCGUGUUUCCUAUAUCCUCUACAUGCCUCUCCCACACUAUCAAUUCUGGCAGAAAGACUGGGGUGGGGCGUUGGAACUUUACCCUGCAAAAGUGGGCCCGGAGGGAAAUAUGGAGCCAGAAGCCAUCCCCGCCAAAAGCGUGCCGCCCAGUUGGAAUCAAUUUAUAUUUUUCGAAGUUCAACCUGGUCGAAGUUUUCAUUCUGUAGAAGAAGUCGUUGUCGGAGGGGAGUCCGAAGACGGCCGGGUCCGACUGAGCAUCAGUGGUUGGUUUCAUGCAGCGCAGGAGGGAGAGGAAGGGUACGUCCCCGAACCGGCCAGUGAUACCAAGAGCUCCAGAGAACAGCUUACGUCUACCUCUACUGUUUUCAAAUCAUACCCCCAAUCCGUCCCCCCACCUAUCUCCGAAUCAACGCUGUCUGUUGAGUAUGUUUCCUUCCUUUCCGAGUUCUUGAAUCCCGUAUACCUUCAACCCCGGACAAUGAAUACCCUCGCCAAUCGGUUUGUCGAGGAAUCAUCUCUUGAAUUACACCAUUUCUUGGCCCAUGAUCUGGCAACUACUCUGGAACCCAAGCUGCGUGAGCUUGAUGACAAGGACGGUCUAGGUGCGAGCCGGGGAGGUCGCAUACCUCCUCACACUGCGGGAACAAACUUGCAACCUCCGCCUCCAUCGACAUCGGCAUCACCCAGUCCAGCGCCCACAUCUUCGUGGCAACUUAACGGUCCCCCGCACAAAUGGCGAUACUGCACUCUUCGGCCGCGCGAUGGUCCAGUGGAGGUCGUUUCACCACGAGCGGCACUCACUUCAUCGGACGAGAUCAUGCGCAGUCUUCAGGACGAACUAUUCUCUUCCCCAGCCUUCCGUGCCUGGCUUGCGAUCGUCUCACGAUUGUUGCCACUGCGAUACUCCGUUGAAGCGCGGCGGUUCCGCCCAGGAUUAGAUUAUCGAUUGGCUACUAGUGAAGAGAACGAAGCCAGGCUCGAUGUCUCCCUUGGUCUCACCCCAGACGUGCAAGACGUCGAGGACGACCAUAUCGGAACCAGAGAUGGCGUAAGAGGGUGGCAGGCGGCUGAGUGGGGUGGUUGGGAGUGUUACAUGGCCCCUCAUGAUGAAGAAGACGAUCCUGCCGUAUAUAGGGCUAGCACACAUAAAAAGAAGGACCAUAAGGGUGAGGCGUCCACCGUGACCUCCAAGCCUCCCAAGGGAGAUGACGUCAAAAAGUCAACCAACGGGGCCGACAACUCUCACCCCAAAACUAAUGGAAGCAACGGGAGCGGGAGCAACGGUAGCAACGGACACGCUGUGGCGACUCAUCGACCUUCUGUAUCUCCUCCACCGGUCGGCGAGCAAGACGAUCCUAUGUCAGGCGACGAGGAAGAGGAAGAAAGUACCUUGCUUACCGUUCAACCAGGAUUCAAUCGUCUUCUCCUGGUUCUACGCGAUGAACGGGUUAUGCGGUUUGUUAAAUAUGUCAGCGCGGCAGCCGAAGGCUCACGGUGGGAUGUUUGCGGAGAAUACGAAGUCGGCAUGAUCCAGGAAGAAGACGAAGAAUAA